CGCGUAGAUGACGAUUUAGAUAUUAUAAUCGAUCCGAGUGAAUAUUAUACUCAAUUUUGUAAAUAAAUUUGUGAGAGUAACAACGAUGGAAUUUAAAUCAACAAAAAAUAAGCGUUUGGUGAAGGAAAACGUGUUUCGCCAAUAUAAAUCUGUCUACUUUUUGUCGAAGUGUCUCUUGCUAGGUCCACCUUCGCUGAAGAAACAGGAAGCACCAUCAGGUUUCCAUAGAAUCGGAUUGUUGAUCUUGACUGCUGCGUACAUAUACACCUCGUAUCUGGCAUUCGUCGAUGUCGAAACGUUGCAUCCGAUAGGUGGAAGUUUGAUCUCCUUAAACAUGGACAGAGCUGUGCUCUUCUUCAACACUAUCCUGGUCCUGGUGACCUUAAACUCGACGAGGAAAUAUCGAGCAUCAGUGUUCGACUACUUGCAGAGCCUGCACAAUUUCGAUUUAUCCUGCUUGAAGUAUUUCGGAAGAAUGGCUAACAGCAAUGGAAAAUCCUUGAAAAAUAUCCGAGUGUUUUUCAUGCACCUUCUGCUAAGCAUUACCUUCCUGCUAUCAGAAAUUGGAUACAGCAUCAAAGAGUUUGGAUACGUACAGGGCUACAACAUAUGUUUCCUAAUUGGUUUCGUACUGCGAAAGUGCGUGGUGUUGCAGUACGUGACGAUCGUUAACUUUUGCUAUUGGCGCUUCAAGUUCCUCAACCUCAUUGUAGUCAAUUUCUAUAAUAAACAGAACGAAAAAACGAUGUUCCUUUUGGUCGAGGAUUAUAAGACAACUUGGUACAAAAGCCAGCACGUGAGAAAUACUUUGACGAUGGUAAGGCUGUUGCACGAGGAUCUGUGUGCUGUCUGCAGAGACCUGAUCGAUAAGUACGGACUGUUCCAAUGCAUGGCCAUCAUCACCGGUUUGGUGGAGCAAUUGGCGUUGGCUUAUGGAAUAUUUGUUACAUUGACCAACGACGAAGGUUACAGCAGUUCUUACAUCGCCCUAUCAAUCAUUAGAUCUCUCUGCUACGUCUACGUAGUAGCAAUAUCUCAAUUUUACUUUGUUUUCUACUUCUGCGACAUUGUUAAGCGCGAGAGCAUGCGAGCUGGCUAUUUGGUGCAGCGUUUUUACCUACAAACUAAUAAUCGUAACGAGCUUAUGGAACCGGUGAAGCUAUUUGCCCUUCAAAUCAAACAGACGGAACUCUUUUUCUCCGCAGCCGGCAUUUUUAUACUCGAUUGGGAGCUGAUGUCUGCAAUCGCCAAUGAGGUUACUUCCUAUUUGGUCUUCUUCAUACAGUCAUCCGGAUUUUCCUUUGCAGUUGAUAAAAAUUUUGAUCCUAGGAUGAAACCCGCCAUUAGUCAACCAUUAAUCAAUACUAUAUAGAUCAGAUAAUAGAAUAUUCAUAAAUCUCCGAAAAUAAUAAUCAUAACAUAUUCGGAUAUA